AACAUUUCUGGGAAUUUAGGGAUUCGAGUUGGCUGAUCUCAGUCUUGCACACCUCGCUCUCUCUCUCUCACUCUCUCACUCUCUCCGUCGCUACAGCUUAGUGAUUUUGGGGUUUCUCUUCUCAUCGAGACAUAAGGGUUUAUAGUCCGUGCAAAGAUUGUUGCUUGUUGUAAAAAUCUGAAUUGCUUGAAGAGAAAAAAUGGAUAAUAAAGAAGCAGUGUUGGAAGAUGUGGAAAUAAAUUCUGUGAAUGUUCCAGUGUCUGAAUUCGACGGGUGGGCCAAAUUCGAGGAUGAUGACGUAAUGGAGCAGCAAUUUGCAAUUCAGGCUGACGAAGACAAGAAAGUUCCGUUUGUGGGUGACAAGGAACCGCUAAGUAGCUUAGCCGCUGAAUAUCAAUCAGGCAGUCCUAUCUUGCUGGAGAAAAUUAAGGUUCUUGACGAGCAAUAUGCUGGCAUUCGGCGGACUCGCGGAGAUGGAAACUGCUUCUUUCGAGGCUUUAUGUUUUCAUACCUUGAGCAUAUUUUGGACACUCAAGACCAAACAGAAAUUGAUCGUAUCAAAGCCAAUAUAGAAAAAAGUAGAAAAGCACUGCAGUCCUUGGGUUAUGCAGAACUGACUUUUGAAGACUUUUUUGGGUUAUUCCUUGAGCAGCUGGAAUGUGUUAUUCAAGGGAAAGAGAGUUCCAUAAGUCGUGAAGAGCUUGUUCUUAGAAGCCGAGAUCAGUCAAUAUCUGAUUAUGUUGUUAUGUUCUUCAGAUUCAUUACCUCUGCUGAAAUACAGAAGCGCUCAGAAUUUUUUGAACCUUUCAUACUGGGGUUGACUAAUACAACAGUUGAUCAGUUUUGCAAAUCAUCUGUUGAACCAAUGGGUGAAGAGAGCGACCAUGUGCAUAUUACUGCCCUUUGUGAUGCAUUGGGCAUUCCAAUCCGUGUUGUGUACCUUGACCGUAGCUCAUGUGAUACUGGUGGUGUCAGUGUAAAUCAUCAUGAUUUCGUGCCAGUUGCCGGUGAUCUCCCAAAUGCUAGUGGUAGCUCUGGAAAGAACAAUCCUUUCAUCACUUUGCUAUAUCGCCCUGGUCACUAUGAUAUCCUCUAUCCAAAGUGAUGACGUCUUGGGAUGACCUUUUGUUUGUUACUUUUUUGGUGGUGUGUGGAAGGCCUCAAGAGCUCUGCGCCGAGCUAGGUUGUUAAGGACAUGUGUGCCCUGUACCUUGUUAAUGCUGAAUGUCAAUUGUGUAGGAUGUUUUACCUAAUUAGAAGAGAUUGAUCAACAAAGUACGUCAACAUUAACGCACUAAUAAUCAAAUUCUCACCUUGAUGCCUGUUACUCCAUUACAUGUUGGCCAUGAUUUCUUUCUUGCUAGUAUCUUUUGUGCAUUGGGAGUUAAGUCACUAUUACGAUGACAUGACUCCUGAUAAUAGCUCCGGUAU